AUGAUGAUAUCCAGAGGGUUGUUCGGGUGGUCCCCGCCGCAUAUACAGCCUUUAACUCCGGUAUCGGAGGUGUCAGAACCGCCGGAGUCUCCGUCGCCAUAUCUAGACACAAGCGCCGAGGGGGUGGCGGUGGAGGUGGAGGAGGAGAUCGACGCUGAGGCCGAGGAGAUGGAGCAGCCACCCGCCGCCGUCCCGUUCUCGCGGCUCUUCGCCUGCGCAGACCGCCUUGAUUGGGCUCUUAUGUUCGUUGGAUCGCUUGCGGCUGCGUCCCAUGGGACUGCUCUGGUGGUUUACUUGCAUUACUUCGCGAAGAUAAUUCAGUUAUUGAGGCAUACGUCGGAACAGUCAGAUGUGCUGUUUCACGAGUUCACUGAGAGGGUUGGCAGAUUGAGAUAA